UAUUUGUACAUAAAAUUCCACGUAAAAACAUGAGCUAACUGUUAUAUAGCGCCCUCAAUUGAAUAAGUACCAAAAAUGGCCGACAUUUCAGCUAGGCGGGAGUCCAGAAGGCAAAAACUGUUGCAGAGUUCGGAAGAACGGUUCCAGAAGAUAAAGCAAUUAAAUGAAAAACAACAAGGGAGCAUUGUUGAAGCCAAAGAAGAUGCAGAAAUGUCUGCAGCCACGACACCUCUCGUCUCAAUUGACCAAGCACAGUCUGAGAAUGCACAUGAAGGAGAAAACGCUAUCUCUACACUGCCACUGGAGGACUCACAAGCAGAACGUUCAUGUCAGAUAGACUGUGAGAGAACUAAGGAGUCAGUUGACCAGAGUAUUGAUGCACAAGGGGUUCAUUCGUCCUCUCUGGAACACAUUGGAAGAUCUAACAUGGUGCAUGAGGAAGCUGAAGCAAAUCCACAUGGUGAUGUGGAGUGUUUGCAAUCAUCAGACACUGCUGCUCAACAGGUUGUAGAGAGCAAUCCUACACACCCACAGAGGAGUGAUCAGGUUGCAGCAACUCCUGCCAGUCCCAAUAAUUCCAGUGCCAUUAGUUGCAGUUUCCCUGUACAUUCCUCACAUCCUACUCACAGAAACCAGAUUCAGAAUAGCAGUAUUCAGAACACUUCUCCACCCAUUCCUUCAUCUGAACACAAGCCAGUGUCUACAGCAGAUACAGGUACAUCAUUAACAGAACAACCACAACCACAAUUAGCUGCACAAGAUGUACAGGAUUUGUCCUCCACGCCUCAAACUGGACAAGUUUGGAUGCUGAGGGAGUUAGUUGUAGUUCUCGUGGCGAUUCUGAUGCGUGGAUUGCUUGUUGUUCAUUGGUUUAAAAGUGUUGGUGGUCAGUCAGUAAUCAUUCCAUUCAUUGCGUUAGAAGUCUUGUUCUUCUCUAUCCGCCCCCAGACUCUGCAACCAUCAAGUGGAGUUAUGGUGAAAGUUCUUAGCUUUGCAGCAAUGAUGUGCAGCAUACCUCAAGCAGUCAUCAAGAAGUUUCAACUCACUCUGUCUAUAAUCAACACAUUUUGUGAAGAUCUAGCCUUGUAUUUGUUUGUUUUCAUCCUAACACAUGCGAUGGUGGAAAUACUUUCAUGAGCUCUUUUAAUUGACAUUAGCUUUUGGAAGGAUUGUUUACAAUUUUUUUUUCUACACUAUUUCAAGGAUCCUGAAUUAUCAUUUUCAAAUUUAGUCAAGAAUGCCUCGAGUAAAAAGAAUGAAGGAAAUUUAAAGAAUUGUAAGGCAAAUUUUCUAUCAUACAGCAAAAAGAUUUUAGGUAGAGAAAUAUUUCAUCUAUUUAAACACUCAAACUGAGUUAAGUUCAUAUAGAACCCAUUUUAAAGGGCCAUGAAAUGAAUUUCAUAGAUGUGUAUGAAAGCAUAAAGUACAAAUCUCAUGCCUCUGAACUUUAUGAGAAUACAGAGUGUGCAAAAAAAUUGCAACAUUCAGAAAAAAAAUAAUUAAAACUGUCAAAUGUUUUUUCCUUCAAUGAUAUUUUAUAUUACAUUAAAGCAUGACUAUUUUUUAAUCCACUCCUUUUUACCACAUUCCAUUUGGGUCCCAGAGGAGGGUUGGCCCCCCCCCCCCUUUUUUGUAAAAGAUUUUUCUUCAGUAACUAUUUCCAUAAAUGGUUAGAGAGUUUUGUCAUGAACCUAAAAAAUAAAACCAAUCUCCCAAACCAUAACAAUGCAUAUAUAUCUGCGUAUAUAUUUCCUAGUAUACAUAAUAAUGGUCAGUUUUGAAGAUCGCCCCCAUUUGGAAGAUGGGUACCAGCCCAGCCCCCCCCCCCCCUACUUUUUAAUUUUACGGAGGCCAACUGUCCAGCGAAAACCACAUGUCUAUAUUUCGGCGCAGAUGUGCGAGUGCGGUUGCCCCCCUGACAUCAAAAGCUGGCUACGUCACUGCCCGUCUAUGUUCGGGGUUUCCGUGUCCGAGUUGCAUCAUUUCGUAGUAAAAUUCCUCCUAUUGAAGUUAAAAUCAAAUAAGUCCACACAGACUCAACUUAAGGGGAAAUAAAUCCUGGCUUUUGUACAGGACUGAACCUGACAGUUGCGGAUCACUUUCGACAGUUGCGGAUCACUUUCGACAGUUGCGGAUCACUUUCGACAGUUCCGGAUCACUUUCGACAGUUCCGGAUCACUUUCGACAGUUCUGGAUCCCGCACGCUGUGCUACCUGGUACAUGUACAAAUUCAUCACUCACAGCAUGCUCAGCGCGCGCGUCGUUUGUCACGCCUUCUUCAUCUAUACUGCACACAAAACUGCAUCGUGUGCAUGGGUGAUCCACAACUGUCGCAUGCGGGGAUAAAAAUCUUUCGGUGAAUACGGCAAUUCAUUUAAUUCAAAUGCCAAAAUCAUUAUUACUCAGUGAUACUUGAGUUUUUCCCUUACAAGAAAACCAAAUAUUGUGAAGAAAAAAACAAUAAAUGUUGACUACGUUCCACAGGAAACCAGAUUUUUGCCUUUACGCACUUCCUUCACAGGCCAGUUACAAAACAAGCAGAUGUUUCGCCGAACUGGAUCGUGGGUAAUGUUUAAGCGAUUUCCAAACUUUCUUUUACCGACAAUUGCAGAAUUAUUGACCUUCAAAUUGGUGAAAAAAAUUCUCGAAAAAAAGUUUGGCUACACUUGAAUUAAUUAUUUAAUCAAGUGAUCUGGAAGUGUCGAUGAUGCGGAACUGUCGCACUGACUGCACAAUCAAUUAAGUGAAAAGGUGUACAUUUUGCUUGGGCUACUCUCACCUGUGAUGUCACCAAUUUCAAUGCCUAUUCAAUGCUUAACCCAGAUUCAGCAUGUCCAGGUGAGCGAGGCCCCAGUAAAAUUUACACCCUUUCACUUAAUUGACCUAUCGCCGUUUGCGAGUUAGCCACGCCCCUUAGACAACCCUAUGGAACUUUUGUACAUUGAGUUUUGUUUGUCUCAGAUUUUGUGCGUUCCGUGUCCAUUUGAACGGUAUAUCAUGUAAUUGGACAAUACUUCACAAGCUGCGUUGACGCGAUUCUACUGUGAUAGGUCGAUUGAUUGUGCAUGUAUUUCUGGAUCUAGGGACCUAAAUGGAAUGAGGUAAAAAGGAGUGGAUUGAGAAAUAGUCGGGCUUUAAUGUAAUAUAUCAUUUCAUUGAAGAAAAAAACAUUAACAUUUUUAAUUUUUUGUUUUCUGAAUGUUGCACUUUUUUUGGCACACUCUGUAGACAACAUCUGACACCUUGGGCUCUGGUUUUGAUGUCAUGUUAGGCACUCAUUCAACAGACCAGGAGUUUUCUGACAAAUAGCAGCAUUUCACACAAAAAGCCCAUUAAAUUGAGCAAAACUGUAUUUCUUUUGCACCAAGGCACUGCAGUUUUUACAUUUUCUAAGAUGUAUGUGACAUAAUUUGGAAUUUGUUGUGUGAAUGACAAUGAAUUUAUUCAUGAUGCUUACAGACACAUUUGUGUUUGUGUGGUAUACCACACAUGAAUAAAGGACAGCUGAUUAACUGCAUGAUAGUAUAUGAAUGUCAAUGUAAACUAGAAAAACUUAAAGGCUUGCGCUUGGUGGCUCUCUAUAUUUUGAAUUUAUUAUUCUAAACUUAAAAGGUACCAAAGCUCAUUGUAAUAGUUUGUCUUGUUUUAAACUGACAAAGAAACAUCCCACUCCCACCCCUCACCACUAAAAGCAGAGUUGACCAUGUAGACACACACACACUCAAACAUGCAAACAAAUUGUAUGCUUGAUGUGUGACAAUAAAGCUUAUGUCAAAUGACAUCAAUGUUUCACUUAUACCAAAAACAAAAACAAAACAAGAACAAUUACAUGUUUAUUUAAUAUGGCUCUAUGAUAAAAAGGGGGGGGGGUCAUGGAAAUAGAAAGAUUGAAAAUAAAGGUAAAUGGCAUUCUGAGGAGCAUUCAAGGAUUUCAUACAAGGAUCCAUAUGAACCCCUUUAAUACACGUAAUGAGACUGAGUUCAAGACAACACAAACUAAAGAAUUGUGAAUGGUGGCAUUUCUAUUAGCUGCCGAUAGCAGUUUAACAAAUCAUGUCUCUCUGUUAGUUAGUUAGUAACAAACGUUCACAUUGUCUGUUUCUCCUACUUAUUUUGACAGAUUUCAACCAAACUUUGUCAAAAGUAUCAGUAGCCCAGCCCCAACAUGUCACAUGACCAAACUGGGGUCAAAGGUCCUCAUGGGCUCAAGGUCGACAUAACAUCAAAUUUCAAAUAAGCUCAAAUAACAAAAGUAGCGCUGUCAACAUGUUGGCCUUGGUCAAACAUUAACAAAUGUUUAUGGUGACCUCUUCGUCUGACCUACAGCUAUGGGGUUAAAGGUCAAAAUAAGGUCAAAUGCCAAAGUUUAUUACAAUGUAUAUAUAAUAUGGUAAUUCUUGAGAGAAAUGUUAAGUCAUCAAACCAACAAUCUGUGUGAACACGAAUUUGUUGGCCUGCAGCUUCCGAGAUCCGAUCCAAUUUUUUUUUUUUUAAAUGAAAUGAUGUUCAGUGACUUUAAUAAUGUUUGGCAGUGUAUUAAAAUUGUAUUUAAAAAUACGGAUCAUAGUUCAAGCUACAAAUCAUGGUUCAAGACGUUAAUCGUUUAACAUCCUAGCAGUGAAAGACAAAACAAAAAAUCCAAAAUUAAAUUUACUUCAUUAUUAAAAGAAGAGACAGAAAUCCACAGAGAAACACUUUUCUAUGAUAUUGGAUGCCGUCUUCAGCU